AUGGCCACCUAUGUGGCAGUGAAGACGAUACCAAAAAAGAAAAUAUCCGAUCCAAAGUCGGUCAAAGAUGAGUUCAAUGUCAUCCGGCAAUUGGACCACGCGCAUAUCUGCAAGGCUUAUGAGUGCUACGAGGAUCGCCGCAACAUAUUCCUCGUAAUGGACAUUUGUGCGGGAGGAACGCUGCUUGAGAGCCUUUGCGUGCAGCAGCGAUUUCCGGAACCGCACGCGGCAAUCAUCAUGCGGCAAACUCUGUCUGCGUUGGCGUACCUCCACAAGGCGAAUUUUAUUUUCAGGGACCUCAAGACGGAGAACAUCAUGUUUGCAAAGCCCGUCAAAGAAGGCGAGGUCGGAAACAUCAAGCUGAUUGAUUUCGGCCUCUGCUGCCCUUUCCGGCCUGGAGCGAAGAUCACCCGCGCUGCCGGAACUCCGUACAGCGUGGCACCGGAGUUGGUCACUCCACCUGUACAGUAUGACCAACGGUGCGACUCUUGGAGCGCGGGCGUGGUGACCUUCAUCGUGCUGUCGGGGCAGUACCCCUUCCACGGCAAGACCAAGGACGAGCUGCUGCAGAAGAUCCGGAAGGAGCCUGUGAGCUUCAAGAGCCUCCGGUGGAAGAAGAUCUCCAAGGAGGCCAAGUCCAUGGUGGCGGAGCUGCUGCGGAAGAAGCCCGAGAACCGGGCCUCGAUCGGCGACGCGCUGCGGCACGCCUGGCUCAAAGUGGAGGCCUCGCUGCCCACCAGCGGCAUCAUGCAGGGCAUCGUGGAGACCAUGAUCCAGUUCCAGGAGCUGAACAUGCUGCAGAAGGCGGCCCUGACGGCCUUGGCCUGGCGGGUGCCGGACGAGGACACCCAGCACCUGCGCCAGAUCUUUGAAUAUCUGGACCAGGAUGCCAACGGCCACGUGACGAUGGGGGAGCUGCGGGGCGCCUUUGCCGAGGUGGGCGUUCCCUUGCCCGAGGGGUUGAGCAUCUGUGGCGUGGGGACCGAUGGCAACGACACCAUCGAGUACACCGAGUUUCUGGCGGCGGCCUUGGAUAAGGCGAAGGUUCUGAAGCCGGACAUUGUCUGGGAAGCCUUCAAGAUCUUCGAUUCGGACGGGAGCGGCACUGUCACAAAGGCGGAGUUAUGCAAGCUUCUGGCCGCCGGCCGGACCAUCGACAAAGCAAAGGACAAGGAGUCCAAAGCAAUUGAGGCGUUUCUAGAUAGUUAUGACACCUCAGGUGAUGGCGUGGUUGAUUUUGAUGAAUUCAUGGAUAUGCUCGAUGAGAGCCGAGACGGGCGCAGGCAUGCCUGCGUUUCCGGGGCAGAUGAUGCCACCCCCAGGCAUGCCGAUGAUGGGCACAGGGCCCGGGGUCUCGAUGGGCUCAAUGGGCUCAAUGGGCUCAAUGGCUCCGUCCGGGCCACCUGGUUGGCAUCCGAUGCCGCUGGGGGCGCCGACACUGCCGGCGCCCAGCGGGCCCACCGGAGCGCCCACAGCACCUGGGCCGCCCGGGCCGCCUGGCCCACCCGCGCUGCCGGCGCCUCAGGCACAGACGCGACAGUGGCGGCUGUCGCGGUGGCGCUGGGUUUGGAUCCCGCGGUGCUGGGCGCCGUGGUGCAAGCACUAGGCACAGGGGCUGGCGGUGCAGCACCUGAAGCCACAGAAUCAGAGGGAGCCGCGGCGGUUGCAGCGGCUGCCCAGUCUGCACAAGAAAUGCAGUACAUGCAGCAGUAUCAGUUCUAUCAACAGAUACAGCGGCAAGAACAGGAGAAGCGAGCGAAGACUCAAACAGCGCAGCCUCUUCGUUUCAAAGAAGGCUUUCGCCCAAUGAGGCUUUGCAAGCCCCUGCUGACAGUGGGGUUCUGUCGGCAAGGCCAAGACUGUACGUUCGCACAUACCUACGAAGAGCUUCAUCCCGCCUCACCUGAUGUACCUGACAAUUUUGUGAGUGAAGAAGGGGCUGCGGCUGAGCAGGGUGACAUACCUGAGAGCCAGGUGCCCGACAUGAGGCUCAAAAAGAAGAAGGAGAUGUGUGGACGCUUCUCCCGUGGCGAGUGCUCCCUUGGCAAGAUUUGUCCCUUUGCGCACACUGAGAGUGAGCUGGGGACCAUCGGGCUUUCCGUCUGCGGCAAGGUGAAGACGCGAUUGUGCGUUUUCUGGGAUCCCGUGACGAAAACGGCCAAGGGAUGCAUCUACGGAAAGAAUUGCAACAACGCGCAUGGUGAGCGCGAAAUUGGGACCAAGAGGCCGCCUCCUGAGCUGUGCCCGCCCAUGAAGCGCCGGCGAGAUGGCGAAUCAGUGAUCCGUGGCCGAGAGUUGAGAUGCGGCUUGGACUUCUUCCUUGCCAGGCGAAGCCAGGCAACACCAGCUCGAGCAGCGGCUCCAGCGGCUCCAGCGGCUCCAGCGGCUCCAGCCCGCUCCGCGGCCACUUCGGUUCAUGGCAGCCUGCGCGUCCUUUGCUUGCAUGGUUACUUGCAGAACGGCGAGGUGUUCAAGCAGAAAACGGGGUCUGUACGAAAGGCUCUGAAAGGAUGUGAGUUCUUUUUCAUCGAUGCCCCGCAUGAGGCGGCGGCCUUUGAUGAGGAUGAUCGCGAUGCCGCAGAUGCCACUGCCAGCAGCGCUGGCUCAGCCGGCUUAGGGCCCCGUGGGUGGUGGAAUUCCGGGGAGAGACGGAGGGCCGGGGAGGACAUGGUGCGUCCUGCGCAGUCAUCCACGUGUGUGGGCUUUGAUGAAGGUGUGACAUUCGCCAGGCAGGUUGCGCAGAAAGCUGCGGAGGAUGGCCGUGCUUUUGAUGGGGUGUUGGCCUUCUCGCAGGGUUGCACUGUGGCUACCCUCCUUCUGCGUGAAGCGCAGGCUGCGGCAGGUCACCCGCUGGCCGGCGCGCAGUUUGCGAUUCUGAUUGGUGGAUUCGUGCCACGCGACCCGACAAUUGCUGCACUCUUGCAAGGACCGCCGCUGAAGGUUCGUUCUUUGCACGUAUCUGGUGCCAACGAUACGCUCGUGCCAAAGAUGCGAAGCGAGGACCUCGCAGCCCUGUACGAUUCUGAGUGCGUCCAAUGGCUUGACCAUCCAGGCCGCCAUAUCAUUCCCACGGGCACUGGGGCCUUUCGCCAAGAACUGCAGGCGGGCGAAGAGUUUGUAGGCGUGCGAUACUGGUGGGAAGAGGGCUACGUGCCGGGGAACGAAAAGGAUUCGGAGGACGAGGGCUCGAGCGACGGCGAUGCGAAGACCGCCGAGAGCAGCAAACAGCUGGAGGAUGACGAAGAGGAUCUCCUUGAAGACAGCUACGAGGCCAUCGCGCCGGGAGAUGCAAGGGGUGGCAGCUUUGUCCGCUGGGGUGGGCUUAGCGGUCGGCUCUGUCUCGCUGAUGGAGAUCUGGGAUUGGAGGAUGGUGACGCCUCCACUUUGGAAGCACCCGCUGCCCCAAUCCAAGACUAUUUGGACGAGCUGCUCAUGCCAGUCGCAGAUAUCCAGGAGGAAGAGGCAUGCGCAGAAACAGCGACUCGCCUUGCUCUAGAGAACUCUCCGCCAGCAGCUGCGGAGACGACAGCGAUAGUGCUGUACCAGACGCCUGCCUCGCGAGUCAGACCGUGGAGCUUUUGCACCAUCACGGAGAGAUUCUCAGAGGUUGACGCGAGUGAGGUGCGCAAAGUUUUUGCGAUCGAGGAUGCCAAGAGAAACCACCGCUUGUACUCGGAGGAGAUGCAGGCUCUUUCGCAAGUGGCGGUUGGCAACUAUCUUCUUCGGCAGCAGCAGGGCUUCGAGGUCGUGCAGAAAGCCAAAGAAGACGAAGCCAUACGAAGGAGGAAUGUGAAGGAAGGAGCCAAGGAGCGAUUGCCCGGAACAAAGCAGCCGCUGGCAGUCAGCAAGGCCUGGCAAGAGCACCUGGCCGGGCAGCCUUCGGUGGAGGUGCCAGGUCAGGCGGAGGCGCGUGAGCCGCGGCCCGCAAAGCUCCGGACGCGCAGAACGCUCCUUCCGGGGAGUCUUUCAGCCAGUUCAAGCUCCGGACCCGCACGCUUACCCGUGAAGCAGAUUCCGAAAGAGCAGCGGCCCUGGCAAAAGUUGCAGGCUUCAGCUUACCAUGGAUUUGACGACGCGGACUUUGAGCCCAAUUUCUUGGUGCCUGAAAUGCCGCGGCUGCGGGUCUACACUCCAAGCAAUCCUGACGAGAUGCCUCUGUAG